AUGAAGAAAACCUUGUUCAAUGUUCGCUGCUGUGCUGAGAGCAGAAGGGAGCAGUUCUUCCAGCUGAGAGGCACGCUGAGCCCGGGAGCCGCAUCCAGGAUCUGCUCCGCCUGCCUUAUCCACACUGGGCAGUUCCCUCAGUUACUCUACAGGCGUUGGAAAGGUGCCAGAAGAAAACUGACAGCCGCGGGCCGGGAGCCUCGGCCCGCCUGCGCUGGGCGCUCCACCACCCUUAGUAGCGGCUCUGCGCCCUCCCGGGACGGCUCUGCGCCUUGCCGGGACGGCUCUGCGCUCCCGGCGUCUGUAGCGGGGGGAGUCGUUACGGGACCGUCCCCUUUUUCUGCAGCCAUGGGAGCAAAGAAGAAGCUUCUGCAAAUCAAAGAAGCUUUUCAGCUGGCUCAGAAGCCUUACCAGAACCACGCGAAACUUGUUGUGGCUUUGAAGAACACCUAUAAUCAGUUGGAAGAUAAGGAAGACUUUAAUGAAAAGUUCAUUCAUUUUCUUAAGUAUGCUAUGAUAAUCUACAGACGGGAACCAGCAGUGGAACAAGUGAUCAAUUUUGUGGCUCAAUUUGUUACUUCAUUUUAUCAAGUGGAGGAAGAGGAUGGUAGUGAGGAGGGAGAAGAAAAUUCACUUCUGAGUUAUGUGUUUAACUUUCUGCUUGAGUCUCACAAUGCAAACAGCCAUGCGGUUAGGUUUCGAACAUGUCAGCUUGUUAAUAAGAUUUUGGGAAAUAUGCCAGAGAAUGCCCAGAUUGAUGAUGACUUAUUUGAUAAAAUUAAUGAAGCUAUGCUGAUUAGACUUAAAGAUAAAUUUUCGAAUGUGAGAAUUCAAGCUGUCUUGGCCCUGUCGAGACUUCAAGAUCCUAAGGAUGAAAACUGUCCUGUUGUUAAUAUUUACAACACAUUGCUUGAAAAUGAUUCAAAUUCAGAAGUGAGGCGUGCAGUGCUGUCAUGCAUUGCUCCAUCAGCAAGGACUUUGCCAAAAAUUAUAAGCCGUACUAUGGAUAUAAAGGAAGCUGUCAGGAAGCUGGCAUAUGAGGUUUUGUCAGAAAAAGUUCACAUGAGAGCACUGUCAAUAGCACAGAGAGUAAAAUUGUUGCAACAAGGACUUAAUGACAGAUCUGAUGUUGUUAAGGAGGUAAUGAAGAAGAAGCUGAUUCAGGCCUGGUUACAGUUUACUGAUGGAGAUGUCUUAGAAUUGCUUCAUCGACUGGAUGUGGAAAACUGCCCAGAAGUGGCCAUCCUAGUACUAAAUGCUGUGUUUUCAUUAUCUCCACUUCAUGACAUUGUUCAGAAUGGUAAAAACCUUGACAGCAGAAAACUGAUUCCACUGGAAGACUUAACAGCUGAGAAUGUGAUUUAUUGGAGAUGUCUUUGUGAGUAUCUAAAAUCAAAAGGUGAAGAAGGUGAAGAUUUACUAGAAAAGAUCUUGCCAGAACCAGCUAUAUAUGCAGAUUACUUAUUAAGUUACCUUCAAAGUAUGCCAGUUCUUAGUGAAGAACAAAGAGGAGACUUUACUUGUUUUGAAAACCUGAUGACGAAAGAAUUUAUAGGCCAGCAACUGAUUUUUAUCAUAGGCUGCAUGGAUACCAUGGAAGAGGGAGGAAGAAAGCAUCUGGUAGUUACUUUGCAAAAGAUUCUCACUCUACCUGCAACUUCAACAGCCCUUAUAUCUCUGCUUGUGGAAAGAUUACUUCAUAUUGUUAAGGAUGAUGACAGAAGAAUUGAAAUUAUUGCUGAAAUUAUAUCAGAAGUUCUUGAACCAAUUGUUACAGUCGACCAGCCUAUUGACGUUGCUGAAAUAAGAAGGCGGGAGCUUAAGUUGGCUGAAAUAAAAGUGAAACUUAUUGAAGCAAAACAAGCUUUAGAAGAAUGUGUUACUCUGCAGGAUUUUAAAACUGCAUCAGUAUUAAAAGAGAACAUAACUGAGUUGGAACAGAGAAAAAAUGAUCUGAUAAAAGAAGCAGAGCAACCUGAAAUUGAAGAAAUGCGUGUGGAGAAGAAUGAUCCUGAAACACUGUUGAAAUGUCUGACGAUGUGUUAUGAGCUUCUGAAGAUCAUAUCCCUUUCUAAAGGAAUAGGUCCAACCAUUAAUGGAAUCAUUGAAUCUCUGAUACUUCCUGGCGUAACUAAUGUCCAUCCAGCUGUGCGAAAUAUGGCAGUUCUGUGUUUGGGUUGUUGUGCCCUUCAGAACAAAGAAUUUGCCCGACAACAGCUUGCAUUGCUGUUACAGGUUUUACAAAUAGAUAAUAUAAAGGUAAAGCUCAGUGCUUUGAAAGCAAUCUUUGAUCAACUAAUGCUGUUUGGGAUUGAGCCAUUUAAAGCCAAAAGAGGCUCUCAAAGUGAAGAUGAAAACAUUAGAACUGAAAAUUAUGAGGAAGAAAGUGAAGCAAUAGAAAAGGAAGAAGAGACUGCUGUGAUACACAAACUCCUGCAGCUUCUUUCUGGUUUCUUAGACAGUGAGUUUUCAGAACUUAGGACAGAAGCUGCGGAAGGCAUAGCCAAACUGAUGUUCUCUGGGAGGCUGAUUAGUGCCAAGCUGCUUUCUCGUCUUAUUUUGUUGUGGUAUAAUCCUGUGACUGAAGAAGAUACUCGGCUUAGACACUGUCUAGGAGUUUUCUUCCCUUUAUUUGCUUAUGCAAAUAGGUCUAACCAAGAAUACUUUGAAGAAGCUUAUCUUCCAACUCUGCGGACACUGUUAAAUGCUCCUGCAACUUCACCUUUGGCUGAAAUCGAUGUCAGUAAUGUUUCUGAACUGUUAGUGGACCUGACCAGACCAAGUGGACUGAAGCCUCAGUCUAAAAAGUCUCAGGACUAUCAGGACUUAACAGUGCAUGAUAGUUUGGCAAUAAAACUUUGCAAUGAAAUCUUGAUGGACCCAACUGCACCGGAUGUUCGUAUUUACGCAAAAGCUUUAAAUUCACUAGAACUCAGCAGUUCUUCCACAGAGAAUCUUCUGGUUCUGCUCAAUGAGAUUCUAGAGAAAGUGAAAGAUAAACUGUGUCAAAGAGCUAUUGAGAAGAUCAAGAUGCGCUUGACCAAAGAUUCUGAUAUGGCCAAAGACCCCUCUGAAAGGACUGAGGAAAUAGCCGUCUCUGAAAAGACACAGGAAACUGACGUCACAUCUGAAAAUACUGUUCAAAAUGAAGAAGAAAAUAUUAAAUUUCUUCAAGCUCCAGUUAACGAAGUUAAAAGUAAUGCAACUGCAAAAGUGAAGUCCACAAGAAACAAAGCUGGCAAAGGACAACGGAAAGCAGCAACAGAAGUGAGGUCUGUGAGCAGAAGAAAAACAAGCACAGCUGUAAAAUGCAGUAGUGAAAGUGGUGAUGAAAUUCCAGAAUCGGUCCCAGUGUCAAGUUCAAGGCCUUCAAGGCGAGCAAAAACAGUGGCACUGGAAAAAACAAGAAUGAAUCUUUCAAAACUUUUGGAAAGGGAAGCAGAUCAAUGAAGACAAAAGAAGAGAAAGCAUCAUUUGCUAAUGCUGGUAGUUAACAUCAGAUUUGAAAAAUGAGAUUUGUUUUGUUGUUAGUAUAUUUAAGUCUAUUAUAUGAUCAUUUAGAAUUCUAGAUUUUUAGGAACUUUUUUUAAAAAUAGAUGCUUUUGAUUAUUUUCCUGAUAUGGAGUCCAUCAUUCAUGUAAUAAAAACAUAAUAAAUAUUACCUGAACAAAACUUGGAUUUUUUUUUUUUUAAUGUUAUAGAGGAGAAUGCUUUUUGUCUGCAAAUAAAAAUUGCUGUUGGUGGCAAGUACUUAAUAGUUAAUGCUUUUUUGAUGUUUAACAUCAUUCAGAGAACGUUUGACCUAGAGUGGUUGCUUGUGAUGGCAGCAAUUUUGAAUGUACCUACCUUUAAUGCACAUACUUUCUUCAUUUAUGAGCACGUGGAUCUGCUGACCAGGUUUUUAUGGUUCAUGUUAAUAUAAAAUAGAAUUAAUCUUAAUUGUGAAUUCUGCUUUCUCCAGAUAUGUGUCCACUUUAUUUUAAAUAAUGUCAAAAUGGUAAAACUGAG